CCAGCCAUGGUCAACCCCAGCAUGUUCAACAUCUCCAUGGAUGGUGAGCCCUUGGGCUCCAUCUCCUUCAAGCUGUUUGCAGACAAAGUUCCAAAAAUGGCAGAGAACUUCCAUGCUCUAAGCAUUGGGGAGAAAGGACUUGGUUAUAAAGGUUCCUGCUUUCACAGGAUUAUUCCGGGAUUUAUGUGCCAGGGUGGUGACUUCACAUGUCAUGAUGGCACUGGCAGCAGGUCCAUCUAUGGGGAGAAUUUUGAUGAUGAGAGUUUCAUCCUGAAGCACACAGGUCCUGGCAUCUUGUCCAUGGCAAAUGCUGGACCCAACACAAACAGUUCCGAGUUUUUCACGUGCACUGCUAAGACUGAGUGGUUGGAUGGCAAGCAUGUGGUGUCUGGCAAGUUGAAGGAGGGCAUGAAUAUUGUGGAAGCCAUGAGGCAUUUUGGGUCCAGAAAUGGCAAGACCAGCAAGAAGAUCACCACUGCUGACUGUGGACAAAUCUAA